UAUAAUUUACUACUAUCCGCAAAAUAAUGUAAACGUUUCUGUGUGUUUUUAUAUACAUUUUUUUCCCUUCUUCUUGUCUGCGCCCCACUUUCUUCGUCCUAGUCGCAGUGAAUGUUCAGUGAAGAUUCCGUGAUCAAACGACACACAACGUUGUUUCGAGUGACAGAGAAGGGAUCAUUAAUCUAAGGAAAAAAGAUAUUGCACUCGUACAGUUAUAUUCAGUUAUUUAAUUUAAUUCUAUCGAUAGAUAAUCUAUUUUUACUCACGUGUCUAAUUAUUUCAAGAUUAAAAACCGUGAAUUACAAAUGUUUCAAGUUAAAUAGUGAAAGUAUAUGAACUCGAAGAAAUAUUAAAAAGAAAAAGAAAUAUAUAUUUAUUACCUUAUUAUAUAUAUAUAUUUGUGGAAAACGAUUUUUACAUAUCAACUUUCAUGUUUCAAUGAACGUUUCUACGUAAACAUCAUGAAAAAUAUAGAAUUUAUCAUCAUUUUAAGGUAAACAAACACAAAAAGGAAAGUUAAAUCUUGAAAUGAAUUAUCAAAAAACCGCACGAUGUCUUUUUUAACUAUUACAUAUUCUAUCAUUUCCUACGAUAUAGGAUGGUUUCAGAUAUAAAUAUUGUGGAAGAGAUAACAAAAUUAUAAAUCAUUCGGAUAUCAUUAAUUUAAUCCAUGGAUGAGAAAUUUUGUUCUAAUAUCAAAAUGACUUCGGUGAAUGCGAUAGUAUUUAUUUUACUAACGUUAACCGCGAGUAGUUUGCAAAGGCCUACUUUUUUUAAAAAUACUUUCAAAGGAUUGCGAGGAAUUUCAACGAAUGUAAAUUUGUUGAAACACGUAAGAGCGGUUUACUAUCACGAGCAAACCGUUGCUAUCGUCGAUCUCGGAUUUAACAACGAAUUACACGAUUGCAAUAUCGUUGAAGUAUAUGAACCAGAAGAAGCUGUCGAAGUACUCAGAAAUUUAUCACUGACUGCAAAUCCACAAAGAGUAUCGUUUGAACAAAUAAUGAAGCUUCUACAACAAUGUGAAACUUUGGAUAGUAUACAAACUCAAGAUUUAUUAGAUACUUCGGAAGAUAAGCAAGAUGGAAAAAGUUAUUCUCGAAUAAGUCCGCUUACUUUAUUUUCAGGAAUAUUACCAGGAACAAAAUGGUGUGGAGCUGGAGACAUAGCUGAUAAUUAUCACGAUUUGGGACGAGAAGCAAAUAUUGAUAGGUGCUGCCGCAAUCACGAUUUGUGUCCUGUAAAAGUAAGAGCUCAUACAUCGCGCUUCAACUUAAACAAUAAUUCUUUGUACACUAAAUCGCAUUGUACUUGUGACGAAUUAUUUUACAACUGUUUGAAAAAUACUAAAAAUUCAAUUGCCGAUCUUUUGGGUAACAUAUAUUUUAAUAUUAUAAGAGUGCCAUGCAUAGAGGAUAUUUCAAGUCGAUGGAAUCAAGAAUCUGAAAAGCAAUUUAUUUCUGUGAAAAUGAAGUAUUAAUCUUCUUUGAUAAAUUAUUUGUUAAGCUUGUUUUCUAUUUUAAAUCUGACACAAUCAAAUAUUAAAACAAAUGUGUGAAU